AUGGAGUCCCACGGCGCAAUCACCGAGCCCUCUAACAAGAGGCCUCGAUCUCCUACAAAUGACCAUCCGCCACAGUCCAAGAUGCCCAAGACAUCUAACCACCUCCAAAUCAACUAUCUUGCUCGCCAGUACCCGGAUAAUCUACCUUUGGUUUCCUCCGAUGAUAACAUGCCCGCUAUCAUUCACCUUAUCGGAGAAUACGAUGGAGUCCUCCACCGCCAUGAGAGUAUAGCUGGGAACCUGGGCGCAUGUCCACUGGGUCCCAUUUUGAUUAAGAGGUUUGAGCGACUAUUCGAUGGUCCUCCACGCGUGCUCAAGUCCCAUGGUAAAGAUGGUCCAACGGUGACCUGGUUGGAUGUGGUGGAAUUCGCCAAGAGCAAGCCCGAGCAGUUUAAUCUGGAAAAAUCUCGCAAUGGGGUCCGCGUCUGCCAGUUCUAUACUAAGCAGUGUCGUGUGGAGAUCAGCGAGGAGGAUUUCGUGUUGAUCGCUUCCGGCAUGCCUCAGAAGAUGAUUCCCCCGCAGCCGAUCAUCGAGGAUGAGGAGAAGGAGCUGGGCGGACUGGAAAUACUGGAGAGAAAUUUGCAGCAGAUUAUACAGAUGGCAGAUCAAGUAUCUGCCCGAGCUCGCCAGCUCAGUUACCGUCUGAAGAACCGCCGCACCGCAAUCGUCAGCCGGCGAGAGAACGACGCAAAUCUACACUCCCGCCAUGCCGGAGACCCAUGGCGUGAAUACAAUGGAAAUGCCGUAUCGAACGGCCAUUCAUCCCAUGGCUCGCCUGGUGGCUUUGUCGCCGUCAACGCAGCUCGGGCCGAAGCCGAGACAGCAGAAGACCACAAUCUAUCUACUGCGCAAUUCGCAUUCUCCCAUCCCAGUACCGAGAACAUUACUAUCAUCAACGGAACCUCGAUCAAAGGUGCCUCGCCAACCACCCGUGCCGAGCUGAUGAAGAAAUUCUUCACCACGGCCGAUCGCCAGGCGCGCGGCUACGACGAUGCAGCAGGACCGAUCAAUCCUCUACCUCGUCCUCUUCCACAAGCCUCCGAACAACCAGAGUAUAAUCCCUCCAACGCAACAUCAACGCCAGUAGCUAUCCCCAGCACUCCAUCCUCGCUUCUCCCACCACCAAAAACAACACCUCAGGAGAAGGACGACGGGGGCCCUUUUAAAUUGGAAAUGGUAGCCCGCAUGGAAGAGCUACAACGCGGUGAGCGCGUAGUACCACCCUGCGACCGCUGUCGUCGUCUACACAUGGACUGUCUGAAGAACCUUACCGCCUGCAUGGGCUGUACAAAGAAGCACGCUAAGUGUUCCUGGCGCGAUGUGAAGGAAGACGAAGUUCGCGCGGCGUGGGCGGGAUCCUCCGCGCCCCGGCCCAGAAUAGAUGACGAGCAUGCCGCCGCACUACAAUCCCAGAAUACACCGCCCCCUCAGAGAUCAGUAGAGCGUUCCGAACCAUUUGAUCCUGUCUAUGCGCAUCAUAAUCGUCGCGAGUCAGCACCUUCAGCUCCUCAUAUCGCGCCGGGCGCGGUGGUUUCCAGACCGCUUCCUUCUCAAGAUAGUUCGCCGCGUAGAGCUGUGAGCGAAACCGAAGGCAGUGGGCGUCCGCAGAAUAGACCGCCGCGAAAUGCUGAGGAGGAAGAUCCAGAUGCUAAUCAGAGGCUCAUGCAAGCUAUUCUUGAUACGGUGGAUCAUCAUGCUCGCGUUGCGGCUGCUGUGCAGGAAAAGGAGCGGGGCGCUGAGCGCGGACCGGAACGUGGUCCUGAGCGUGGACUUGAGCGUGGUGGAGAGGGACCUCAUGAUCGGGAUGUUAAUCGAGAUCGUGAGUGGGAACGGGAACGGGAACGGGAACGGGAAAGAGAACGCGAGCGAGAACGAGAACGGGAUCAGGAUCGGGAUCAUGAUCAUGAUCAUGAUCGUGACCGUGAGCGGCGCUUGGUGCAUAUUUAG